AUGGAGUUCCUCUCUAUAAAGCCUACACCUGAAAGACCUUUCUCAGUUGACAGUUUGCCAGAUCAGUAGAUGGUGUAACCGGCACCCUGUUCUUUCAGGCAGCCCUCUUCUCGGAGGCGAACUUUACCGAGAGCUGCGAUGUCGACAUCGACUCGUGAUAAUUCGUGCGCAACGAGAGCGGGGCGGCGUUGUGUAUGACCGUUGUCGGCUUUGUCGAGCAUGGUCCUAAUGUUCCAGCAUGCGACUUUCAAGCCCUUGUAGUCCUUCGGUAAGGAUUUCCUUUGUUUCCUUCCACUUGACUUAUGAUUUGAUUCUGUUUCUAUUCGGCCGCUUGAGAAGAUGCCCGUUGACGGCGGCCAAGUGGGUAUAGAGGAGACGAGCUUAACCACCUGUAUUCAGGAUUGAGACUGCUGCUUCCAGUGACAUCUUCCACCUGCCGUUUUCGCCCCUUUCCCAUCGCUAAAGGACUUGGUGGUUGUGGUCGUAGACAUGGACCUGGACAAGUCCUUUGGCCUGCGCUGCGGAGUUUUUAGGUGGAGUACAGUGCGCGCAAACUGGCCCCACCCUUUACAGCCGAAGUUCAUCCGUCAUGGCCUAGCAAGCUGCGACGGUGGCAGCGAAAUCGACGGGUCGUAGGUUUUACAUCAGAGUUUCCCUCUCCUAGGCGGGUAGCCGACCAACGCUGACGAUUAAUAUCGUUGACUUUAUUUGACCUUUCAGUACUACUAUUACUUUCAUUAUUUCCAUCCAAUUCAGCAGAAUUGGCAACAAGAGAGUUUAACUCUUGGCUGCUUGUAAAACAAAUAUUGAAAUUAGGGCUUGGAGCAGAUUACUCCUUUUGGCAGGUGAGCCCUUGUCUUCCCUACUGCUUUAGAGGCUCUUUGGUUGGACUCCGUAUCAGAAGAAUCACCACUGAGAGGGACUAAGUCCUGCAGAAUCGACUGACUCUGCAGUAGAUCGAGCUCGUUAUCCUUAAGAAGCUGAGAGUCAGAAGAAUCACGAGAGACACUGGCCUCCGCAGACUGCGAAGAUGAGGCCAGGGGCGGAAAAUGUGGAGAGGCGAAGAUAACACGGACGACCUCGUACGCAACCUGGACAGUCUUGACGUCAAGGUCGGCGAAAACCCGAAGAACUUCGGUCAUGAUCUCGUCCUUGGUUUUGUCAGCCAGCUUGCGGCCGACCUGCAAACUAAUGGUUUUUGGUAGGCGCAUGAUAACAAAAGCGAAGAAGCGAAAAGGCAAAAGCGGAAAAGCCAAAAGCCAAACAAAAAAGGGAAAGAAAGAAGGAUGAUUAGAGUCGAGAGACGCUAAUCCACACAGCAAAAAUGAAAAUAUAACUAUCGGUGGUAGAAGGAAACCAAUUGUAAGAAAAUAAACAAUUAAUGUCGAAGACACCAAUUGAAACCACAAAAUACACAAAAAGCUACAUUAGAGUCCAAAGGACACCAGUCUACAAUAAAGAAGCAAUUAGUGGUAGGAAGACUCUAAUUGCAAGAAAAAAUAUGCAAUUGGCGUGAAAACGCUAACUGCCAGAGCGGAGGACUAAGUAAUUUGUGCCCAAAAGACGCCAAGAAACUUGCGACACAAAUUAAAAGCUAUAUACAGCACAGCAAAAACAACUACCAAGCUAGAAAAAUUAAGUAAGAGAAAAAAUAAGAAAAGGAAAAAACCUACUAAAAGUUAAGCCCUGACGGAGGUGGAACCAAAAGUGAGGGGCGUCCAUAUCCACUCAGGAGAGAAAACGGAUAAAAGCCCAAAACCACUCACCAAGCGUGACCCAGUUGGACAGACUACCAAGUAAUUAAGAGGCAACAUAGGAAACCAGGAACAAACAGUAGCGGCUGUCCAAAAGGUAACACACACGCCUCGAAAGUCGCAUCAAUACUCACCGCAAGGACGAGCCGAAUCUAUUCCCAAUCGGGUAGAAUUCUGCUCCGCGAGCCUGGGGAAAAAACGGGGAACGGCAGUUUUCACACGACAUGCGCGGCGAAGGCGCGAGGCUGCUCUUUGGAAUAUACAUUUAAUUAUCCAGAGUAUUGUACACCAUGGCAGAAGUUGAACAGGCCAACUAAAUUGCUUUGUUAAGUUUGAUCCUUUAAUGUUUAUUUCAGCAUUGUGAAAACAAUGUACAGAAACAAUUAUUGCCUUUGCUUGUGGCUGGAAUAAAAAGCAGAAUGAUUUGCUACCUUGCUUUAACUGAGAUGUUUGAAGGAAGUGUAAUAAUAUAGCAUAAACUGUGUCACUUUAGCCACACACGUUUAAUAACUUGCAUUUAAUCAUCUAAUCAACGGACCCUACAAUCUUCAGCUGAAAAUUUCCAAACCGUCAUGAAAACAACAGAUGGUAGAGAUAAAUACAUUCUAGAUAAACAAAGAGUUGAAACGGAUGACAAAGACAGAGAAGAGACAUUGAAAGACACACCUAUAUCAAGAAACAACAUAAAUGAAUUAAGUCAACAGAUACUAUUUCCGAGGGAAGAUGAAAAUAAGGAGAAGGCUAAAAUCACUGUUUACACAAUAGAAGAGGCAAUGACAACUAACAAAGAGCGCAUGCCCGUAAGUGUUUAGUGUGGAUCAAAGACCGGACCCGGGAGACGGCGGAAAUCGAACCUUUAAUAAGGCGGGAUCCUUUUAUAUACUAGAUAUUUUUGGCGCUUUAGUCAUGUUGUUACUUCCCUUUACUUUUGACUAAUAUCUUGGGUUAGACUUCCUAACUUAGCAAUAGUGAGCUUAAGCAACAAAGACGGCGGUGUUUACGAAAACAUCAUUUCCUUCAAAUAUUAUCGCACUUAUUCCAACCGAACACUUUGAAUUUGUCAAAUGUUGGCAAAUUUGUUCUGGGGUUAAAUUCUAAAAGACUCACUGUAUCGAAUUUAAGGACAAUGAAAAGAAAGUCGUUGUCUUGUGUUGACGUUGUCCACAAAAGAGAACUUAAGCCGCAUUUUCACGUUGCAGUCUUUCUGUGACGGCAAAGAAAUGUACAAAAAAACGUAAUGCGCGUACAAAGUUGUUUUGCCAAUGUAAGCCUAUUAGUAUUGAUUUUUGCCGUUCUCGUUGCCGUUAAUGUCGUCGUAGUCGUUUCUUAAGUUCCCUGUUGUUCAUAAACGUGUUUGAAAAGGACGUUAACAAGACGACUUUUUUGUUUAAAAGAAAUUCACGUCCUUUACAAAACCCGUGAAAUUAGACACUUAGUCAAUGUACAAGAAACCGUGAUGUACGUGCUAAAUUGUUGUUUUGUUAAUCUAAAGGCCCUCUCCACAUAAUGCGUUUUCAAAAGUAUGCGUUUUCGUUGUCAUCGACAACGCGUCGAUUGAUUUGCGUCCACACUAACAUUUUGAAGCGUUUUCUAAUCUCCCUAUGAAGAAGUUCGAAAACGACAGAGUUGAACUUUGAGAAGUAACUUUUGAACCAUAUGCGCAUCCUACAAUCACACGCCUGCCAUAUUUCGUCUGUCUCUGAAGGCGUAUUCUAAUUAUUGUUUCAGGACCCUAAAGAGGGCUUUCUUAAGUUAAAUUCGGCUUCAGGAGAAGAGAGUGGCAGAUACACGGUGACUCAGACUAGAAGAAUCAUCACAAAUUCAGGAGCACAAGUUAGUUCCACUACUAACGAGGAAAUAUCUUAUUUUCUUAUCAGCUUCUAUAUAUACCAGAUUCCCUCUUUAAUUAACGCCCUUAAGAAGAAAUAACACUAAUGAUACAUUAAUCUAUUCAAAGUAACAUACUAAGGCCUAAAGAAUCAAGUCAGACGUAGAAGAGGCCAACUAAAUUCCUUUGCUAACUUCGUUAACCAAGUUCGAUCCCUUUGACAUUUAACUUAGCAUUGUGAAAAGAAUUCACAGAAACCUGUGCCUCUACUUGUGACUGGGAUAAAAAGCAGGUCUUCCUUUCCAAAAUGUUUUGCUUCGGCCUUAGUUUAACUGAGACGUUUGAGGCAAGCUUAAUAAUAUAGAAUUAACUGUGUCAAUUUAGCCACACACAUUUAAUAACUUACAUUUUUUAAUCAAUAGACCCCACAAUCUUCAGCUGAAUAUUCCCAAACCGUCAUGAAAACAACAGAUGGUAGAGAUAAAGACAUUCUAGAUAAACAAGGAGUUGAAACGGAUGCCAAAGACAGAGAAGAGUCAUUGAAAGAUACACCUAUAUCAAGGAACAGCGUAAAAGAAAGUCAGCAAACACUAUUUCCGAGGGAAGAACAAGAUAAGCGGAAGGCUAAAAUCACUCUUCACACAAUAGAAGAGGCACUAACAACCAACGAAGAGCGCACGCCC